GGUGUUAGUUACUAACACCAAUAACAUAAAUAUCAUGUGGACUUUAUGAAAGAAAAUCAAAUAAAAAUGCAAAUUUUGUCAUUAAUUUCUGAAAGUAUUUUUAAAAACAAAGUAUAUUUGAUAAUUUUUAAAAAGAAUUGAUUUUAAUGCACGUAAUCUCAAAUAUAGAAAUUAUUGUAACGAUUAAUUAAUUGAAGAAGUAAAAUAUAAGCAAAAUGUUGCGUUUGCAAAAACUUGUUAAUGCAAGCGACACUUUGUGCACUUGUUCAUUUGGACGAAGCACAUUAAAAUGCGUUGAUAAAACUUGCAACAUAAUUUUUAGAACUCACAUUACGAGUAAUGUCUUAUCAACAAACCCAUCGACAAAUACAACAAUCAAUAGAUUUGUUUCUAAAAAUUCCACUCGUCUCAAAGUUUUGUGCGUGAAAAAAUUUCAUACACAAAUAAUGCCUGAAUGUCAAGCAAAAAAAACUGAUUCGCUAAAUAAUAGUAUUAUUCAAUCUUUGCUCAAUGAGCAAACUGGUGGUGACAGAAACAAUGUAAAAGUAAGGAAACAAUACGGAGUGGAACGAUUAGAAAGAAGAACUACACAACCAAAAAAACAAUUAAAUGAGAUUAAUUUCGAAGAUUUACUUACAGAACCAAGAAAACAUCACAGUGAGAAACAAUUGUUUCAUAAACAAAUGGCUUGUCAUAGUGAAACUUUAAAAGAAUUUCCAAUUCCAACUUCGUCAUUACAUAAUGUUUAUUCAAUAGUUCAAUCGCAAUUGAAUAUGGAUCAAGUACUUGUACUGAAAUACAAAGAGGAUCCAAAAGGAUGGAAAUGUACGUGUACUGUUAAAUGGCCAGAGGAACGAGAAUUUACUGCUGUUGAGCGAAUGAAAAAGAAAGCCGCUUCUACAGUGUCCCUACAAUGUUUACAUUGGCUGAAAGAAACUAAAAAAAUCAAAAAUGGUCUUCCGGUGGUUUUUGAUAUAACAAAAAUAACCAAGGCAUUAAAUAAUCCAUCAUUAAUAACUAUUAAUAGUGAUAUGGAGAAGAAAUUGAAGAAGUUAUUAGAAAAUUAUGAAACUAAUAUACAACCAACUUUAGUGAAGGCAAAUUUACACGACAUUCAAAAAAAUGAAGGAGCCAUAGUAGAUGAACUUGAUUUUGGAAAUCAAGUUUUUCAUAAUUUGAAACAAAGAAAUGUUAUUUCUAUACCGAAAAUACAACCUGAGGUUAGAAAUAAAACUCUCUAUGCAAGACUUCAAACAAGAAAGCCAGUUGGAUAUGACUUGCCGAUCAAUGCUUACAGAAAUGAAAUUGUCAAGAUAGUCGAACAAAAUCAAGUUGUUCUAAUAAAAGGCGAUACUGGUUGCGGAAAAACAACUCAAGUCCCUCAAUUUAUAAUGGAUUCAUUCAUUCAAAGAGGCGAGGCAAGUAAAUGUAACAUGAUAGUUACAGAACCACGAAGAAUAUCAGCAAUUACACUUGCCGAACGUAUUGCCCAUGAACGAGGAGAAAAAUUAGGCGACGUCAUUGGCUACAAAGUAAAAUUACAGCAUAAACUUCCUCAAACACCUGGUGCAAUUUUAUUCUGCACACCGGGAACACUAUUGAGAAAAAUGCAAGAAAAUCCAACUUUAACCGGAUGUUCUCACGUCAUUAUCGACGAGGCUCACGAGAGAAAAGUCGAUGUGGACAUUCUCCUAGCUCUAUUAAAGCGAAUAAUUAAAAAAAAUCGUGAAAUCAAAGUAAUCAUAAUGUCAGCCACACUAAAUGCCGAUACAUUUACGAGAUAUUUUGAUUGCGUCAGUAUGGAUGUACCUGGUAAAAUAUUUCCAGUAAAAAGUCAUUUCAUCGAUGACAUGAGGAAAUUUGUUAAAUUAAAAGGGGGUUCAGAAAAUACACGUUUUCCCCAAGUUGAUUACGAGGAGGUGGCAAAUAUGAUACAAUGGAUAAGCGACAAUAAACCAGCGGGUGCAAUUUUGUGUUUUUUGCCUGGAUGGAAUGAAAUUAUGCAAGUGGAAACUUUACUUAAACAGAUAAAUAGAAGAGGAACGAGACAAGUGGUAUUACCACUUCAUUCGCAAUUGUCAUACAGUGAUCAACAGAGAAUUUUCGAACCACCUCCAACGAAUGUUAGAAAAAUUAUAUUGUCAACAGACAUCGCCGAAACUGGAAUUACUGUUCGUGAUGUUGUUUAUGUUGUCGAUUCGGCUCUACAUAAGGAAUUGAAAUGGGACAAAACUAAAGAAAUUAAUGUCAUUCAAAAUUAUCGAAUUGCCCAGGCGAAUCUCUUGCAAAGAAAAGGAAGAGCAGGCAGAGUUCAGCCAGGAGAGAGCUAUCAUUUUGUGAGCAAAAGAGAAUAUGAAAGAAUGAGACAAUUUACAGAACCUGAAAUACAAUGUCUAUCGUUGGAGAGAGUUAUUCUCGAUUGUAAAUUAUGUUCGGACGAUAAAGUAGAAGAUUUUCUCGCUGAAUUGCCCGAUCCUCCGGAUGUUCGUGUUCUUAGGACUUCAGUGAAAAAUCUUAUAGAUUUAGGAGCUUUAAAUACUGACGAAUCAUUAACUGUACUUGGCAGAAAAAUUAGUUGCCUCUCGCUACCACCUAUUCUUGGAAAAACACUGCUUUAUUCAUCCGUUUUUGGAUGUCUGGAUCCAAUAUUAACCAUAGCGACAAUUUCUGCGAUAAAUAUGGAAAUUUUCAUGAAUGCCAUGUCGCGAAAAGAAGAAAUACGAACACUUAAAAGACGUUUUAGUGUAAAUAGUGAUCAUCUUGCACUUGCUUGGUUAUACAUGCAAUGGGAGUCUUAUCUUCAUGAAAAUUUAGAAUUAGCCGAGCAAUUUUCUUUCGAAUGCGGAGUCACUCAUUAUCGAAUGCUUACUGUAAAAAAACAAAGAGAACAAUUUCUAAGACAACUUGCCGAAAUGGUGGGAAUGAGAGAUCAAAAUUUGGAUGCGAAUCAUCCUUUUAAUAAAAACAUACAAAAUGACGAACUAAUAAAAUCUGUUAUUCUCGCUGGUAUGAAUAAUGUACUGAAGCAUGUUCAUUUUGCGAAAGUACGUGAACGUUUGGUGAGAAGUAGUAAAGAAUUUCAAGACGAAUCAAAGUGCAGCACAAAUUUAACACCCGAAAGUGUAAAUUAUUCGCCAAAAGAAGAACUUACGAGUAACUAUUUUACUUAUAUAAAGAAAACAUAUGCUGGCGAUAGAAGAAAACUGAUAGUACGAGAAUCUAGUCCAGUUUCACCCAUAUCAGUCUUUUUAUUUGCCCAAGGUCACUUAUUCGGAUACGAGCAUUUCUCCGCGGACCUGCAGAAUUUGAAUAAUAACAAAAAUGACUUUGCCUUUAAGAAUCAAAUUCUAAUGAAAUUUAAUGAUAUGGAAAAUGUGUCUUUAAUUUGUGAUGAAAACACUGCUGAUAUACUAUUUCGGCUUCGUGAUUGCCUAUGGGAAGUUGUGAGGUACAUUAUCAAUAAUCAAGGACAAUUGUUAGUUAAUCAGUGUCAGCAGUUACCUGUGGUUGAACAAUUUAAAGAUGAAAUGUUGACAACCAUCAAUGAAUUAUUAGAUGCAAAUGUCAAAUGCACAAAUACAAGUGAAAAAUUGAAAGCCGGCAACUUUAAUAUGAUAAGAUCGACGAAUACUGACGAUAAGAAUAAAUUUACUGAAUAUGAUGGAAUAGAUAUGGAAACUGAUAGUGAAAAUGAGAACGAAUAUGAAUCCGACAGUGAAUAUGAGGAUGAAUCUGAAACUGAUGCAUACAAUGAAAACGAUAGGGUGUAAAAUUUUAUUUUUCAUUUUUCACAUUUAAUUUCAUUUUAAUCGGAGAAUUCUGGUUUUCUGUAAAUAUUGUAGUUUAUGAAACAAGUAUUUUUUAACUUUCUUAUUCGAAAAAACGUAUUACAUAUUUUAUUUAAUGAAAAAUAAUGUUUAUAUAUAAAAAAAGAUACGAUUGUGUAAAGAUUUUUAAAAUCAAUAAAAUGUUAAUU